AUGGAAAGAGGGAGAGGAGGAGGAGGAGGAGGAGGAGGAAGGAACCUGGGAGGCUCUGGCCUGCAGAGGAGCAUUUAUUCCCAGUCCCAGCAGCAGUACCAUUACCCGGCCUCCUCCCAGGGGGGCUGCAUGGAGAUCCAGGAGCUGGCCUCCAAGAGGGUGGACAUCCAGAAAAAACGAUUUUAUCUGGAUGUGAAACAGAGCUCCCGAGGCCGCUUCCUGAAGAUCGCCGAGGUCUGGAUAGGAAGAGGCAGGCAGGACAAUAUCAGGAAAAGCAAGCUGACCCUCUCCUUGUCCGUGGCCGCCGAGCUGAAGGACUGCCUGGGGGACUUCAUCGAGCACUACGCCCACCUGGGCCUGAAAGGCGGCCACGGUCACCGGCACGAGCACAGCGAUGGCAAAGAGCAGCAUCCCCGGAGGCGACAGCAGCACCCGCCGCCUUCGCCUCCGGUCUCUGUCGGCUCCGAAGAGCACCCUCACAGCGUCCUCAAAACGGAGUACAUCGAGAGGGACAACAGAAAGUAUUACCUGGACCUGAAGGAGAAUCAGCGGGGGCGCUUCUUGCGGAUUAGGCAAACCAUGAGUAGGGGACCUGGCAUGAUGGGUUAUUUUGGCCACAGCUUGGGACAGGAGCAGACGAUCGUCCUUCCAGCGCAAGGGAUGAUUGAGUUCAGGGAUGCUUUGGUCCAGCUGAUCGAAGAAUACGGCGAGGGGGACAUAGAGGAUCGCCGGCGGGGAGGCGAUGAGCCCCCGGAGCUCCCCGAGGGCACCUCCUUCCGAGUGGACAACAAGCGCUUCUACUUUGACGUGGGAUCCAACAGGUACGGCAUUUUCCUGAAGGUAAGUGAGGUGAGGCCGCCCUACCGUAACACCAUCACGGUUCCAUACAAAGCGUGGACACGGUUUGGGGAAAAUUUUAUCAAGUACGAAGAAGAGAUGAGGAGAAUUUACCACAGCCAUAAAGAAAAAAGAAUGGAUGCCAGAGGGGACAGUGGUGAAGAGCAAGAGGGUCUCGAAUAGAGUGCAUUGGACUGGCCGUCUGGCAAAAUAAACAAAACAAAACAAGCAGAAAUUGGUGAGAGGGACUGACCUAUAGUAAUUUCAAGUCGCCCCGUUUUUUUGUAAAGUCCUUUUCCGGUAGUUCUUGCUAACUCCAGUCCGUAAUGUUAUAGGAGUCUGGUCAUCACGUUAAAUUACGCUCAAACCAUCUCCGUAUGUCUUAUGAAAGUACCAACCUCCCGAUCCCGUAUGAGUCAGCUGCUUCGAGUGUUGAAGACUAUGGAAGUACGCGUAUCAGCACAAAAAAAAAUCCGUCCCUCUGACCUUUAAAUAGUCUAGGUAAGGCUUGUGUUGCACUUCAACGUGAUUCAAAAAAAAAAAAAUCCCAAACCUUGGGCUGAAAUGUAUCGGUUUCUGCUUAUGAUGGGUUUUCCGGGACUGAAUUCUGCCUGUACUCGGUCAAAAGGCUGAGCGGCGUAGCCGUAGGGCAUUUAUGACAAAAUUCGACUUCGUGUGAAUCGCUGGUACGCGUACGAGGAAAGGCAGAGGUUUUAAAAUUGGCAUCUGCUGGUUAUUGAGUUUGAAACGAUAUUCUGUGUGGGUAAAACCUCGAUAACUGGUCAGACCUUUACAACGUGCUGCUGAAGAGCGGAAAAUCUGUUACUCGUUUCGUAGUUUUGUGCUGCCUGAAUAACCCGAAUAUCCCAGGAUAGCGAAGCUCUACUCGAGUGCUCAGCCUUCUGAAUUAACGGCAAUGAAUAAUAACCCGCUCCUCAUCUACGUGUUCUGCCCGUGCGAGGCUGGUGAUUUUUUUUUUUUAUUUUUAAUGCAUUUG